GAACCCGGAAGUCUAAACUCUAUCUUAAUCUAAAAUGCGUUUGGAUAUUCAAUGUUUAAGAGGAUUAGCAAUAUUUUUCGUUUUUACUUAUCACUUAUACCCAACGAUUUUUGUGAAUGGAUACCUUGGAGUUGAUAUAUUCUUCGUGAUCUCCGGCUAUCUGAUGGCUCGAAACCUGGCCCAUGUGAAAAUUACUAAAGUCUCUCAAAUCUUCGGCUUCUACUACCGCAGAUUUCGUCGAAUUUUGCCGCUCUACUUCUUAUCGACUGCUGUAACUCUUGCCGCCGCACACUUUUAUCUCGGGGAGUUUUGGUGGGAUGUCAAUCGGCGGUACUCGACGGCUGCAACGUUUUUGGUGACCAAUAUGUUGCUUAUUCACGAUUCAAAUGACUACUUUAAACAAUACCUCACCGACGAAACAUCUAUAAACACUUUCAUCCACACCUGGUCACUGGGAGUCGAGAUGCAAUUCUACCUUCUUGUACCUUUGAUCUUCGUUGCCUUGCAAAUCGGAUUUCCUAAUAACCCAGUUGGCAAAUUAGCGAUAGUAUCCGGAAUCUCGAUUCUUGUAAUGUGUGGUUUUUCACUGAUCAAUGCGAACUUUGCAUUCAACUUCAUGCCUCUAAGGUUAUGGCAGUUCGGCGCAGGAUUUGUUGCUUUAUUUCUAAGGGAAGUAAUUACGGUGGACUCUGUAAAAAAAUCUAAAAGAUCUGAAACAGUUUCAACAAAAUGGAAAAUCCAUGAAAGUGACGUGGCAACUUGCUCUGCUGCUGUGCUCUUUCUCUGUAUUUUCCCCGCCGAGGGGGAUGCUCUAUGGCUCCGGCCACUAAUCACUUUCACAACUGCAUUAUUGAUUUUCAUAGAGAACAAGAGUUGCGGAGUACUGAAAUGUUCAACUCUCAGUUAUUUGGGUGAUAUCUCGUAUGUGAUGUAUUUGGUUCACUGGCCGGUUAUCUCACUUCUCAAGAACUCCACAGUUCAGAGUAAUGUUUUCUGUGUUGCUUUGACAAUUCUGAUGUCUGUGAUGAUCCAUCAUUUUUACGAGAAGCAAUACCUAAAGCUCGGGCGAAAAUCGACAUUUUUCUUGAUUCUAUUGCUGAUUGGCUUGAACGGUUGUGUUCAAUGGAGCACUAGAAAUCAUGAACUCUGGAAACCAGUUUAUUCACAAAACAUUCGAAAAAUUGUCGACGAAAAUUCAAAACUGCUUCCCUUCAUUCUCGCAUACGAGCCACGAAAAGAACAAUGCCUGGAAAAUUUAGAGGCCGAUGUUCAGGAUCUGAGGAAAACCGGAUUAAUCUUCAACUAUUGUAGAUUUCCAAAAUCCAAUGGUACCGUAUCAAUAAUGAUGGCUGGAAAUAGCUACGUGACCAACCUCGAAGGUCACAUCCGGGCACAGUUCAACGGUAAUUAUUCGGAUUGGAGAACGCUGUAUAUUGACGGCUGCAACGGUUUCUUUCACAAUCAGAAUUUACUGACGUCGUUCGGAACUUACGAACAAAGCUCCAUACAAAUAGUCAGGAAACAAGUGGAAUUGCAUAAACCAAAUGUUCUUUUAAUUGUUCCUAGAUAUACUAGGACCUUGAAACAGCCAAUAUUGGAUAUUGAAACAGAUGAGGUGUUGAGAAUAAUGAAUGAGAAUUUGGCGUUUUAUGAGAGAUUUGUCAAGAAAAUAUACAUCCUGGCACCGCAUCCCUUGUACCCACUGAAUUUCAUGAACAGGUACCUCAACACAGUUACCAGGAAGCCUAUGGAGCUGGAGAGCCUUCACUUGAAGAAAUCCGAUGUGGACGAGGAUUGGAUGACUGCACGAGAGCGGUUUAGCAGGAUUAAAUGCGAGAAGUGCAAGGUUUUCGACCUUGGCGAUGUCUUUUUAGAAAACAAUAUGUAUCUGACUUUUGACAGACAAACCAAGCUAUCAUAUGUAGAUAAUGGAAUUCACCUAACGGGUCCAGGAGUGGCGAAAUGUGAUAAAGUGUUCAGGGAUAUUGCGAAGGAGAUUUUGGAAACUAUUUGAACCGGUUUAAUUUGUUCAAUGGUCGGUAAAAUUUUAUGACAAACGUUGCUAAUGGAAAGUAAUGAAAUUUGAAUAAACAAAAGCAAAGUUAAAU